AUGGUGGACGGAUCUCCGUCCCACUCCCAGCUCCUCUCCUCCCCGUCCUCGGCUUCCCCCACAAAGGUCUGCUCCAAGACAUACAAGAAGGCUUCACAACUUUACCUUACCCGACGUCUACCUGAAGCUCUCACCACCCUCCAACCGAUCAUUGCCCUCCCUUCCUCACACGACACACAAUACACCAAUGGUGACAAUGCCUCGGCGGUCGCGCCGAUCGCCACCGCCCCCAGCACGUGGAGAAUCAAGGUGUGGAACCUCUACAUCACGCUCCUGAGCGCAAUAGUCGACAUCGGUGCCGAAGAAGGGAAAAAACAAUUCGGCCAGAAAGAAUGGAAGGCGAUCGCAACGCAGGUCCGAGAAGGCGGGAUUUGGGAGACCGUGGUCAAGGUUGGAUACCAAGGCCGCGAAGGCUCGGUCGAUGCCGAGGUUGUCUAUAACUUAGCUACUUUACUUCUCAACCACUCUUCAUCGCAGACGCUGAACCAGCAGCGACUUGAGACCUACCUCUCCUCCUACGGGCAGCCCAAUCUCGAUCUUGCAGACCGCCUCCGUGAUGCGUCGACUGGGUCUCCCCCGCGCCAUAUGCCCACGACCAGUGGAACCGAUACCCCCAAAGACCUGACAGCGAGAGUAAGGAUUAUUGAGCUCUUUACUCUGCAUGUGCUCCCCCGGAAUGAAGAAUGGGAGUAUGCGCACGAGUUUAUUAACCUGAGUGAAGUCCUUGACGAGGAGCGCAAGGAGCUAUUCCUUCAAACGCUAGAUGGGCUCAAGGAAGAGAAAGAGAGGGGAGAGCUGCGCGCGGCAGAACUCCAGCGGGCCAAGGACGCAGAACUGGAGCGGCAACGAGACGAUGAACGUCGCAGAGCCGAGGAAGCCGCGGCAGCCACGCGAUCGCAACCGAACGGACACAAGCGCAAUCCCAGUGAAGUCGACUAUGGGAUCGAGAAAGGGCGCCCGCACAGCUCUAAAGGCAAAGGAGCCAAACCGGGCGAGAAGUCGCCGAAUGGGAAGCCCACGUCACGAACUGCCCUCUCGGCUUCCGGCUCGAAGAAUGUCAAGAAGCAGGACAAGAGCGAUCCCCGGGGCCGUCAAACAAGAGCCGUGGCUACAGCAAUUCGCAAUUUGUUCCAGCACAUCAUCCAGAGCGUGUCUAGCAACCCUGUGUCAAUAGUCCGCACUUUGCUUUUCGUCCUCGGCAUCCUCAUGGCGAUGAGCCGACAGGAUGUGCGCGAGCGCGUCCGAAGGGUUACUGGGUCUGCUUGGCAGAAGGUUAAAGGUACGGUGGGAAUGGGAGUUAAGGUCAGCUAUAUCUGA